UAUGAAAAGAAGAACGAUUAGAUAGAAAAUAGUGAAAGAUUUGUAUUGCCUAACUGCAAAAUUUUAUAAAACCAGCAAAAUUAAUUAAGUUUCUUCAAUCUAUUUAUAACAUGACACCAAAGUUGGAAUCUGUGUUGUAUUUGUUUUAAUUAAUGUGCAGACUCAUCAGCUGCUUCAACUCCAAUUUUAAGAAUCUAAACUAGUUUUGUGGGUGGCCAUCCUUUGAUUACUUUCGGAAAAAGCUGAAUAUCGACUGUAGAUAUUUACUUCUACAGAAUUUUGGAGUAAGUUUUUUUUACAAUGGCCGACACUCCAAAUAAUACACAGGAUGUUCCCGCUCCGCCGCCCUCGUCUGCUCAACAACAACAACAACCUCAACCGGGUGUAUCGAAUCGUAACAUAAAUAGGAAUGUACCGAAUUUUGCCAAUGUUUGGAAUGUUGACUUAACGGCAAAUCCACUUAAUUUUAACAAUAAUCGAAAUCGCGGGGGACAAAAUAAUUUAAUGAACGUGCGUGAUCGGCUGUUUCAUGCUAUUUACUUCAAAGUUGCUCUUAUGUAUGCGCAAAUAUUUCCUAAACCCCUUCAACGAGCUCUGGAAUAUUUUAUACUCGUCAAAGCAUUGUUAUUCUUUUUUGCAUUGGUUUACAUCCACUUGACGUUCAUUAAACAUCCAGCUACAUGUCUGCAAAAUGUAAAAGAUUGGCCUCGGGAUGGUGUUCUUAGAGUUGAAGUUAUUCCAAACCUGGAGGCCCAGCGUGAUUUGUUGUCAAAAACUAAAGCAAACGAAGAGCUAGUGCGUUACCUUCAAAAAUAUUACCAUUAUGGCAUUGGUCCUCAAACUAAAGCGAAUGAUUAUCACUUAAAGGAAUAUGAAAAGACAUUGAAACGCAGCGGCUUUCAACUGCGACCUACUUUUGCCUACGCAAAUGAAACCCUAAUUUAUUAUUUCAAAACAGAAGCCAUUACUGGACAAUCUACAAAAAUUGAAGCCAACGAAAAGAUAGAAAAGUCUGAAAACGAUGAUGAUGAACAAUACAUUGUGGAAUAUUCAUUAGAAUAUGGACACUUGCGUUUGUCAUCGUCAACACGAAAACGUCUAAAAAUUCCUGUUCGUGUAGUGCAAUUGGAUCCGAUGACUGACAAAUGUUUCGGCGACAAAUUUAGCAAAUUUUUACUAAAACGACUGUUGGGAUAUGACGAUUUACUAAUGUCAUCGGUCCGUGUAAUCGCUGAAAAGGAGGACAAUAAAGGAUAUUUACGUAAUGUUAUAACUGGUGAGCAUUACCGUUUUGUUUCAAUGUGGUGGGCUGCAUGGAGUUCAUACCUAACUGCGUUUUUUGUAAUGGUGCUUUUUACAUUGUCUAUUUCAAUGCUUUUACGGUUUUCCCAUCACCAAAUUUUCGUGUUCAUUGUCGAUCUUCUGCAAAUGUUGGAAUUCAACGUCACUGCUCGGUUCCCUAUUGCGCCACUGCUAACUGUAAUUCUAGCGCUUGUUGGAAUGGAAUCAAUAAUGUCUGAGUUCUUUAAUGACACAACAACAGCGUUCUAUAUCAUAUUGAUUGUUUGGGUGGCUGAUCAAUAUGAUGCAAUUUGCUGCCACACCAGCAUCACAAAGCGACAUUGGCUGAGAUUCUUUUACUUGUAUCAUUUUGCAUUCUACGCCUAUCAUUACCGUUUUAGUGGACAGAACCGCAGUUUGGCUUUAGCAUCCUCCUGGCUAUUUAUACAGCAUUCGAUGUUUUAUUUCUUCCAUCGUUACGAGUUGCCAGUUAUUAUGCGGCAAGCGCAAAUACUAUUCAUAACGAACAAUCAGAAUGUGGCGGGGAAUGGCGCGCAGCAGCGACAGCAGUUGCCGGGUCAGGGACGGACUGCAGCCAUCAUAUUUCGUCGCGCGAAUCAGCAGGAGCAGCAACAGCAACAACCGCUUCAGCAGCAGCAGCAACAACAACAACGUCAACAACAGCAAGAAUUUAUUAACGCUCUUCGAAAUCAGGUGCAACAGCAACAGCAACAGCGGGGCGGGUGGAUGGACACACUUCGCCGGGCGCUGCGCCAACGUGGCUGGCUGAGAGCGCCACGUGUCCGCGUCCAAAUCGCCAAUUUACAACGCAUCAAUUUACGAUCCAUACAUAUAAAUCCGGCGAAUCUCGAAGCGACUAACGGAGCUGCUGCCGUAUCAGGCGAAGAGGCGGUGGCUGCAUCUGCAGCUGCAACGAGGGCUGCCAACAGCAGCGUUAACGCAGGUAGCACCGGCAACAUUACGACACCACAGAUGGAAAACACAGAUGGACCAGGCAAUAGUGAGAUGGGAAAUAUCACUAGUACCAACAAUAGCCCCACCACAAGCACCAGAACCACAUUUAAUGCAGCACGCACCGGGAGUGCGAAUAUGAGUGCGGGUGCGUCCUCAACCGCGGCUGGCGAUAUGACAGCAAGAGUUAUAGUGAAUGCUGAAGUGGAACCUCAGCCGCAAACUCUAACAACAGCAACAACAACAACAGCAACAGCGCGGGAGGGUGCCGUUUCGACAGAGCAGCCGGGACAUCAGCAAAAAACGAAUGUGGCAAACACAAAGGGAAACCCGACCAAUAACGACAGUUUUCAAGAACUCACAAAUAGUGAAACUUGUUCAGAUACUAAUAAUAAAGGAUUACUUAAAGAAGAAACAUUAGAUAUAGUCAGUUCAGCUGCAUCUACUACAUGUAAGAAUGCUGUUGAUUAUAAAAUAACGAAGAAUUCAGAUGAGGUCGCACUCCCUGUUGAUAAUUUAAACGGAAGAGCUUCUGCUUCCGCGAAAGCACAUGGAAGUUUAUUUGGAAAGUCCCAAUCAAAUCUGCAGCAUAGCCAAAAAGUGGCAGCAAUAAUGAACACAACAAUGCCGUAUCCAUCGCUUUUACCAACAACUACAACGGAAGCGAUAUCGCACUCACACGUGCAUACUGCAAUGACAAGACCAAGCCCUCUUGGUACAAUUGAACAGAAGCAGCUGCGACCAGCUGAAAUAACUCCAGCCGUAGCAGAUGUGGUUCCAAUUAGCAAGAAUGACUCAACAACAUCUCAAGGGUCAUCAAUUUUGACGCGAUCGAAAGCAGAAAAGCGAGAAGUGACUUCUAUAUCAAAUGCUGACUCUAGUUGUGAUCCUCAGGAAGCACCUUUAAUGCGAUGUGAAGAUUUUGAUGAAGGGAAGGUGCCCUCUAAUUAAGUGCGAAUUACUUACGGCUUUGCUUUUUACCUACAUAUGCAAGCGGGGGAAAGUGUAAGCUGAACCACCAAACGAAAUGAGAAGACCUAAAACUUUUAGUUGAUUUAUAUGUAUGUAUAUGUAAGUGUGUAUGAAUUAUGUAAUACUUGUACUAGAUAUUCUAUUAGCCAUUAAUUUGUAUGAUAUAAAUAUAAAUUUUUGUUUUUAAUUAAGAAAAUAAAAAUCUGCUUAAAAUAAUGAUUUUUAAA